AUGGAGUUUAUACGGGCGUCUCGGGUUGUUCUCAUCUUGGCCCUGAGCUUCCUCGUUGCCAACGCCUCCCUCGUCACUGCUUCUUCCAAUGAGCCCUGGAGCAAGUACAUUCACAGCCCGGCGAGCCGCAACGUCUCGCCAGUGGGCGUCCACUCCAUCGAGGGGAACGCCUCGGUGAGGAACUGUAGCUCCGGCCGGCAGGUGAUCCGCCUUCAGGCCGGCUCCCGCAUCUCGCUCGACUUUGGCGUCGAGGUCGGCGGGCACAUCUCGUUCAAUGCCAGGUCCGCCUCGUCGUCGCCCCUGUCCCUCGCGUACGCCGAGUCGCCGUCCUUUGUGCGCGAGAUCAGCGACGACACGGGCGCGACGCCGGGGAUGGACUGGGACCAGGCGUACAACAUCACCCUCAGCGAUGGACAUGCAGAGCGGGCGGUGUGGUAUCACACACCGAGGGAGCGGUUCCGUGGGGGUUUCCGCUAUCUCACUCUCAACGCGCUCGAGGACGUGGUUGUGUUCAACGUGACGUGUGAGAUCGGGUUCGCGCCCAACAUGCCCGACCUGCGGUCCGGCACGGGGUACUUCUACACUCCCGACGCCGACGACGACCUCCUCAACCGGAUCUGGUAUGCGGGGGCCUACACCAUCCAGACCAACAUCGCGCCCGCCGACACGGGCCGCUGGCUGCCGCAGGUCCGCCCCGGGUGGGCGUACAACGCGACGCUGAGCGUCGCCUCCCCCGCGCUGGUGGACGGUGCCAAGCGGGACAGGGCCAUCUGGCCGGGCGACCUGGGGAUCCAGGGUGCCAUCGCAAUGAUGGCGUACGGGGAGCCCGGGAGGGAGAGCGUGCGCAACAGCCUGGCGACGCUGUUUUAUUACCAGAACGCCUCGACGGGCAUGUUCCCCUUCGCGGGGCCCUCGACGGGGAGUUUUCGCAGCGGGGCGAGGAGCGACACGUAUCAUAGCUGGGCGCUCAUAAGCAUGUACGACUACGCCGUGUGGUCUGGGGACGAGGCGUGGGUGGCGGAGCACUGGGGGAACAUCACGCGCGGGGUCGAGUAUAUCACGAGCAGGCUGGAUCCGGAUACGGGGCUGCAGGAGCAGGUGAAUGAGAAUGACUGGGCGAGGCGGAACACGGGGGGGUUCAACUCUGCGCUGAACGCGCUCAACUACCACGCGCUGGUCUCGCUGGCGACGCUGGCUCACUCCGAGGAUCAGAAACAAUCGUGGAUAGACGCAGCGACGAAUAUCAAAAAGGGGUACAAUGCGCUGCUCUGGGACGGGGAGGCGGGGCUGUACCGCGACAACCCCACGAGCACCCUCCACGCUCAGGACGGCAACUCCCUCGCGCUGUUAUACGGGCUGGCGGAGAACGGAACGCAGCGCGGUGCCGUGAGCGCAGGGCUAGAGCGCAACUGGAACGACAUCGGCCCCGGGCUGGCGGCCAACGGGAGCUUGUAUUAUCGGUCGGAGCGGUCGUACAAGUACGAUGCGGCGUACACGUCGCUGGCGCACGGGUGGAGUUCGGGGCCGACGACGGCGCUGGUGACGGGCGUGCUGGGACUGCGUUUGGAGGAGAUUGGGGGCCGGAGAUGGUCGCUGAGGCCGCAGCUGGGAGAGGAGCUGAGGAGUGUCCGGGCUGGGUUUGAGACUGGGCUGGGGUGGUUUGAGGGCAAGGUGGCGGUCGGCGAGGAUGGGGGUGUGGAGGUGGAGGUUGUCGCUCCCAAGGGGACAAAGGGGAGGAUUGUGUUUCCGGAUGAGGCCAGAGGACGAAUACGAGUCAAUGGGAGGGAGUUUAGGGGCCAGCCGGAGGAGACUGCGUUGGUGAUGGACCUAGAUAUGUAG